AUGUCUUCAUCCAGCCACUCUUAUCGACUUACUGUGGUAUCCUUCUUUAACGAUUUAGGAUUGGAUGAGAAAGCUAUUUCUAAGACGCUUGCUCGUUGUCCUGAAAUUUUUGCAGCAAGCAUAGACGAAACUCUCAAGAAGAAGUUGGAGUUUCUUUCUAGUGUCGGGAUUUCUGAAACCCAUCUCCCGAGAGUUAUCAGGAAAUACCCAGAACUAUUUGUUUGUGACGUCGACAGGGCAUUAUAUCCUAGAGUAAGGUACCUGAUGGAAGUCGGAUUUUCAGAAAGCGAUAUAGUGUCCAUGUUACACAGAUUCUCACCGACACUCGGGUAUAGCGUAGAAGAAAAUUUGAAGCCAAAGUUGGAGUUCCUAGUGAACAACAUGCAAAGGCCUCUGAGUGAUGUGGUUGCUUACCCGAGAUAUUUCAGCUACUCAAUGGAGAAGAAGAUAAGGCCCAGACCGCAAGAAUACCUGCAAAAACUCAACGCCGGAGGUGUUUCCGGCGUAGAGCCUCCGACGCUCAAUAUGUGGAGCUUUGGAUAUGUUGCAAGUGUGGUGAAUCGUCUUCACCACUUUGAUCCUCGAGAUGCCCAGAGUCGACCUCGAGCACUAGGAGGUCGACUUAAGAAUAUAUGCGGUUUCGGAGGCUACACCUGGUUUAACUCCCUGCGGUGGUCGUCACUUAGAGAGUCGCCAUGCGGAAGUCGACUAGUGGAAGUCGACUUAGAAGUCGACUUCAGAGAAGUCGACUUGAGCAUGUCGACGAGUCACCUUGAUAUGCAAAGUCGUUCAAAUGGCUCACCGGUCGAGUAUUGGGUUCUGAAAGGUAAGAAUGUGGAAUUUACAUUGAAAAAUAUGUUGGGUAUAAACGAUGAAGAAUUUGCUGCUGCGUAUUUAGAACUGGGAGAGAUGCUUGUUCUUCCUCCUUGA